CUUAAACAAUUUCUAGGGUCAUGUAAAUAAACAAUUAGUACAACUACAUUAGAAGAUUGAUGAUUUUCAUUUAAAAAUUUUUUAACUACCACCACCCCUAACUGAAAUUUAAAGAAUUUUAUUGAUCAUCACUGCAGGGGGAUUAGCAAUACCGUCAUGGCAAAUUCUGAAACGAAUGAACCUCGUAGAAGAAACGUCGAUUCUAGUAGUUCCCAGUCUAAUAAUCCCGAAGAUUUAAACGUGUUUAUUCCAACAUAUCCUUAUAAAUCAAGUUCAGAAUAUGCUACAGCUGUUAAUCAAUGGCUGUGGCAGUGCUACAAUUGGCAAUGUAUGACAAUAACAUUACCCUAUAUUAUUUCACAAACUGCAUGUCGUUUGCCAAAUAGUAAUGCAGACGGUACAACUGACUUCAAUCGAAACUUUCCGAAUACUUUUUUCCCUAAUCAGAAUUUAUCGCUCUUGCAAUCAAAUCGUCAAAAUAUUGCAUUUCAAAACCAAACUAAUAAUUCAGGGGCUGCACAUUCAACAGGAACAGUAUAUUUGGUUCCAUCCCUUUUUAAAAGACUAGCUGCUGAAGUAAUUGAUUUUUGCAUCUUGCUGCUGUUUAAAGUCCUUAUUACUUACAUUCUUGUAGAUUUCUUUGACUUAGUGAAUUUGGACAAAUAUGAUUUAGACAUCAUAAAAAAUGAAAAAGUUGAUUACCAACGAGCAAUGGAAGUUACUUCUGAAAUUUUAGCCCUUGAAGUUAUUCAUAGAUUUGUAGUAUGCAUUUUUGAAGCUUUAUUCAUCCAUAAAGGCAUACUGGGCCAUGGAGGUGCCACACCAGGUAAAACUUUGAUGCAUCUUAGAGUAGUUUCCUGUGAAACAGUUGUUCCUUUGGAUGCAAAUAUGGUUAGAGUUUACCCAGCCAAAGAUUUAGGAUUGACAUGGGCACUAUUGCGAUCUUUUAUCAAGAAUUUUUCAUUGGCAUUUGUUUUCCCAAUCUGUGCCACCAUGUACUUUUUUCAAUACAACCGUACAGCAUAUGACCAUAUAUGUGGCAGUAUGGUUGUGGAAGACAUACCCGUGCGAGCAAACAGAAAUUAGAAAUUAUUUUAUUUCCCUCCUUUUGUACAUACACAUUAUAAUUACUUUAUUUUUUGUUUAUUAUUUAGUUAUUUUUUUUAAACAAAGUUUAUUUCCAUUUUAAGAAUAUUAAUGCUUAUGAUUGUGUUUCAUAAAAGAAAUUAUACUAUUAUUCAAUUACUUUUCACUAAAAUUAUGUUUUCUUUUUACAAAAUACUAAAUGAUUUUGACUAUAAGCACCAUAAAUGUAUGCUUAUAAUUGCUCAUCUCAUUAAUUAUUUGUAAACUUACAAAUAUCUUUCACAUUUUGCGUCUUUCAUCUAAAAAUUAUUACUGUACAAUUGUAAUGUAAUACAAAUACAGCCUCUUACUGUUAUCACCACUUUCAUGUGUCGUUUGCUGACUUACCACAUGUUAUCUCAUUUUCCUCUACAAAUACAAAUUUUCUGCAGUUUAAAGAUUUAGUUUUCAAAGUGUAAAUUUUAUGAUUGUAUUCUAGGGCACUUAAGUUGAUCAUAAUGUGCAAAAUUUUAUCAAAUGUUAUAAAGUAAUUUUGGUAAUUUUAUAAUUAAAAAGUUAAUUAAGAACUCAAAAAUUGGUCUUUGUCUUGUAUCAGAAUGAGUCAAUAUCUAUCUUCACUUGAAAUUUCAUUGCUAUAAGUGCCAUCAUUUGUUCAUAUAUUGUCAAGAUGACAGACACGCUCAAACCAUCUUGUUAUAUUAUAUGUUUAGAAAAAUCAUUUAACUUUUUCAUUUUUUUUAACAAUAGUUGCUGUACAAAAUACUAUGCAUUACUACACUUGUACCUUCACUUUUUGACUAAUUUUUAUAUGUAAAUUUUUAAAAUUAUAAAUGAUGUAUCUAAACAGCAAACAUAAAAACUAUUCUGUGCAAAAUAAUUAAUUUUUAAAAUUAUAAAUUUAAAAAAUAUUAUGUUUCAAAUAGAAAUCUGUAUUAAAGUAUUACCAUGAUGUUUUUAAGAGAUGAAAAGUGUUUUUUGAUAAAAUCAAAAAUAGCAAAACUUUUUUUUUCUUUUAAAAUAUUAAUUUAUUUUAGAAAUGUCUACACAUUGAAAUGUUUUAAAAUUUUUCAAUAUAUUAAUGUGUUGUAGAAUAUUAUUUCAUUUCAAAUAUAAAAAAGAGCAAUAAUUUAAUAUACUUACUAAGUUAUACAUUCGUCACCUGAAAGGCUUUUUCAAAAAGCAGAGAUACAAUAUGUAUCAAUAGAAAUGUAAUAUUUUAUUACACAUUUCUGUUGGUUUUUACUGUGAUUAUUUGGCAUAUUUUAUUGAGUUUGAUUUAAGUUGUACAUAUUUAAUGUAAACUUAUGAGAGUACUUUUCAAUUAAAAAAAACUGCAUUACUGUCUACUUAGUAACACACUUAUGCAUAUCACACAUAUGUUUCUAAAAUAAAAAAGCACUAAUUUAUAUUACUUAUUAAGUUAUAAAUUUGUCACGUAGGAGGCCUUUUAAAAAAAAUAGAGAUAUAAUAUGUAAAAAGGAAUGUAAUAUUUUAUUGCACAUUUCAGUUGGUUUUCACUGUGGUUACUGAUUAUUAGGCAUAUUUUAUUAAAUUUGGUUUAAUUAGGACAUAUUUAAAUUUGCAAAUUUAUGUGAGUAUUUUUCAAUGAAAGUACAGCUUUUCCUACUUCCUAAUAAUAGCAUAUUAUUAACACAUAUGUACAACUUGUAUAUUUUUAUUGUGGCUUAUCUUUAUUUCGCAAUAUACUCUGGUUAUGAAAGAUCAACAAAACUAUUUAAGUUAGAUUUUGACAUAUUUCUUAAUUUUUCACCUUUAUCUGUUCAGUUUCAAUAAAAUAUAUAAUAAAUCUUUAUUGUAAAACAUCACACUAAAUUUAAAAAAUAAAGUCAAAAUAUGGUGAAAAAUUAAAAUUAGGUAAUUCAGUGAAGCAUGAAUUAGUUAAUUUGCCAAUUUAUGUUUUAUUGAAAGUUUGAACUAAAGAAAAAAUGUAAAAUCUACUAUGAUGUAAAACCUUAGAAAAUUUAGGUUUAUCUAUUUUAAUUUAUUUGAGGUUAAAAAUAAUUUUAUUUAAAAUUUUUGCGCUAUAAAACAUAUAUGAACUUGCUUAUAUAAUUUUAUGAAAACCAAUGUUAUAAAUAAUGAAAUGUUAU